AUGGGCAAGCACAAGCCCAUCUACGACCCGUCGACCGACUGCGGCGACUACGUCGUGGCCAUCGGCUGCCAUGACCUGCGCACGACCGGCAAGAAGCGCUUCCAGAAGAAAUACUACACGCACACCACCCGGCCCGGCAGCCUGCGCAGCAUGACCAUGGACAAGAUGUUUGAGAAAUGGGGCGGCGGCGAGGUGCUGCGUCGCGCGGUCCGGGGGAUGUUGCCCAAGAACCGGUUGCGGGAGAAGCGGCUGGCCCGGUUGAAGACUUUCGAGGGCGUGGCCCACCCCUACAAGGAAAACAUCAUCAAGUUUGGGAAUCAAUCGGUCAUCGCCGGGAUGCCCGAGGUGCAGCAGGCGUUUAAGGAGGCCAAGUCCUCGGCAUAG